CUUUUUUUCAUCCAACUAAAAUUUUUUGGUUCCGAUUCCUCUUUUUUAUUCUUCUAUUUCUUCUUUGCAGUUCAGUUCAGUUCAGUUUAGUUUAGUUCGUUUAGUUCAGUUUUUUCUUUCUUCUUUUGCAAACUUGUAUUUUUAGAAACCUUUUACAAAACAUACCACACCACAGCAAAAAAAACAAUACUAAAUGGACAACACAAAACCCAGUAUUGGCAACAGCAACUGUCUGCUAAACAUCCCCGACAGCCCACACUCAUCGCCGCCCAGCAGCCCCAUGGCCUUCCUAGACACAAAAAAACCUCCCAUUCCCGAGCCACCAAAGACAUUCCGCAUAGAACCACCCUCCGGUCUACUCUCGCGGCUCCAGGCGUUUCUGCCACAAAUAGCCGAAGCCAACAAAAAACUCCAAGCUGAUGUUGCCCAGGAUCCGCAUAAACUGGAUAUUGAAAACGUAAACGAAGAGGAACAGUAUAUUGAGAUGGAUUUGGGCCUGGGCGUUUUUGAUAUGAAGCCCAAGAAGGAAGAUCCCGAGGGUAUUAUUAUUGGCCGGCGUCCUGAUGAGCAACAGCAGCAGGAGGAUGAGGAGUUGGAGGGAUUGGAUGGUGGGAGUGAUGCGGAUGAUUUGGGAUCGAGGAUUAUUAUUAAACCGUCAUCGAUCGCGAGACGUCAGAGGGGGGCGAAGCCGCCGCGGAUCGAGAUGCUGCAGGAUCCCUUGCAUAGCUCAGAGGAUGAAGACACGAGUUCCACCAAUGACUCUGAAUCAGAGUCUGGGUCAAGUCCUGAAUCUGCCUCGGGCUCAGACUCAGGCUCGGAUUCGGAUGCAGACAGUGACGUGGUAAUGGGCGACUAGAUUAAAAAAAUAUAAUUCAUGUUAUGCGUUAAUUUUAA